GAUCGUUUUUCCUAAGAUGGUGGCAAGCUGUUGUCGAUUUCUGUGCUACUUCUGUCGAAUUAGUCGUCAAAACCAAAAAGCCAUGUUUGAGCAUCUCAGUUACUUACUGGAAAACAGCAGCGUUGGGUUGGCAUUUCCUUCAAUGAGAGGUUCGACACCACUUGAUGUUGCAGCAGCCUCUGUAAUGGACAACAAUGAGCUUGCACUAGCACUGGAAGAACCAGAUCUUGAUAAAGCAAGUGACCUAUUCUGA